UUGACCUUGCUUUCGACCGUAGAUGUUGGCAAUUGUUAAACAAAUAAAACAAAUAAUCGUAUGUAUUGUAAUUACAUCGGAGACGUUUGUUUAUACUCGUUUAUUAGGAGGCGGCACUGGUGGAGCCCGGCCUGACUCUCGGUUCACGACCCUCUCGGAGCUGCCUCGGCCCGCCGGCCGGCCCAGCCAUGGACGAGGGAGCAGCGCGCGAGGACGGAGCGGCGCCGGCCGCGGCCCGGGGCGGAGACCCCCAGAAGUCGCCCUCUUCGCCCAGCAUGUACCUGAUGAAGCCCGAGCUGAAGGACAGGUUCAAGCCGCAGACGGUGAAGGAGCUGAUCCACACCGUGCUGAACGACGAGCUGAGGGGGAAGACGUACAGCGCUGACGAGGCGCCCAAGUGGGCCGACCACAUCGCCAAGACCCUCAGGAACAAGAUGAAAGAACUGUCGCUGCGGCAGUACAAGUACAUGGUCCAGGUGCUCCUGGGAGAGCAGCGCGGGGCCGGUGUGAAGACGGGCAUGCGAUGUCUCUGGGACGCCGACACUGACAACUAUGCCAAUGACGUCUUCCUCAGUGAUACAAUGUUUUGCAUGGCUGUGGUGUUUGCGGUAUACUUCUACUGACGUGGCGACGACAGCUUCACGGUGCAAAACUUCUAGUCCGUCCAGACUGCAUUGGACGCACAAUGUGUACCUGAAUGUGUCCUUGGUAGUGAUUAUUAAUCAUGCUGGGAAUUUUCUGUUGUGUGAACAUCAGACACAUGUAAACAUUAAUUUGUGAGUAAUUAAAGAUUUUUUGUGCACUUUUUUUGUAUAGAAAUUAUGGCUUUGUCAAGAUAAUUUUAAUUCAUGCAUCAUCCGAUAAAGUAAGAGUUAAAAUUACCAUAUGCAUUUCUUUUUCAUGUUUUAUUGUCGUGCAUUUUAAUAAAUAACUUGUCAUCAGUAA